GCUGUGAUGAUGAGGCGGAGAUGUGCGACGCCAGCUACGAGGCCGAGACUCAGCGCUGCCUCUCCUACAUGGACCACACCCGCAUCAACUACGAUCUCAUCGAGCUGCUCUUGGAGUACAUCGAGGGCUCCCAGCAGUUCGCGCACGUGGCCCGGGACGAAGGGGCCAUCUUGGUCUUUCUGCCGGGCAUGAUGGAGAUCACCAAGACCCACGAGCGGCUCAGGGCCAAUCCCCUCUUCAGCGACCCCAGCUCCUGUUUGGUGCUGACGCUGCACAGCAUGCUGAGCGGCGAGGACCACGCCAAGGUCUUUGACAAGCCCCGGAAAGGCGUGCGGAAGAUCGUGCUGAGCACGAACAUUGCGGAGACGGGGGUGACGAUCCCGGACGUGGUCUUCGUCGUGGAUGCCGGGAAGGUGAAAUGCCAAAGAUAUCACGAGCCCUCCAACACCAGCUCCUUGAAGGAGCAGUUCAUCUCCAAAGCGGAGGUCCAGCAGCGGAAAGGUCGAGCCGGGCGUGUCCGGGACGGCUUUGGCUUCACCUUGGUAACGCAGCGACGGUUCCAGCUGCGGCUUCAGGAGAUGCCCACGCCGGAGAUUUUGCGCUGCUCGCUGAUGGAGCUUAUGCUCUCUGUGCUGAGCUCUGGCCUGCAGCCCAGCUGCUUUUCGGAGGCCCUGGACCCGCCCCCCAAGAGCCGCAUCGACCAGGCGGUCACCACUCUACGAGCCACUGGCGCGGUGGAGGAAGGGGUUCGACCCGCCGACGCGGUGCGCUGGACCCGCGAGGAAGAGGAGACCUGGUAUGUGGUGACACCGGUGGGCCUUUGCUUGGCGCGCUUGCCCUGCGAUGUGCGUCUGGGCAAGAUGGUGCUCUACGCCGCCCUCUUCGGCGGCGUGGAGGCC